CAUAUUUCGUACGCAAUUUAUUUACGUCGCUGGCGAAGAGUAAAUAAACAAGAGACGAUCGAUGGUACGGGGUUACGCGACGGACCGUAGUGCGCUUUCAAUUGAAUUAAAUUCAGUUUUACUGCCCUCCUCAAACGAAGAUUGUUAUUAUUUUGUACGCAGCGAAAGGUUUCCAGUGAUACGGCCGAACCGUAGUUCUGUCAGUGGUGUAAAAGGUAAGUGAGUAAUCUACGACGAAGGAAUCGAAAUUAUCGACCAAUGGUACAUCGAUCAGCUGAUAAGUGAUAAUUCUGGCUGCCACGGUGGUACGGGAAACCGUGAAGCUGUAGUGUACCGAAGGUGUGAUGCUGUUGUGAGCAGCAUUUUGCUCUUGACCCGAUGGAACGUGCGUGGACCAGCGGAACAGAUCCCGAACGACGCGACUUCAACGAAAGCGCCCGCCACGACAACGAUCCAGGCGUGUCCGGAGCGAACGGGCGAGGCGACAAGCGGAAAGAUAAGCCGCGAGUGUAAGAUAAACCUCGUCCAACACCACCUCACAAGCGAUUCCGAAAUACCUGACGCGAGCAGUGUACGACGAGUGUGUCCCGGAUGACGACCACAGCAACGAUUACGAUGGCUAACGGGACGAUACCAGACGGUGAAGCGAUGGCAGCGAACGUUGCCAUCAGCAAGAUUUGUAGCGUUUGCGGAGACAAGGCGCUCGGUUACAACUUUAACGCGGUGACCUGCGAAAGUUGCAAGGCGUUUUUCAGACGCAAUGCGCUGUCCACGAAAGGUUUCACGUGUCCGUUCAAUGAGAAUUGCGAUAUAACCGUCGUAACGCGACGCUUCUGCCAAAAGUGCCGAUUGGAAAAGUGUUUCCGGAUCGGCAUGAAGAAGGAAUACAUUAUGUCGGAGGAGGACAAGGUGCUGAAGCGUAAGAAAAUCGAACAGAACCGUGCCAAAAAGAGGCUUAGCAAUGGGAGCACAUCGGAAACGGGUAAUGGGUUGAGCGAUCGGGAAACUACCCCCGGAAGGAACAGUGUACCGACCAAGAUAAAGCGAGAGAAAUCACUCGAAACGUUCGAUGGUGGUGACUGUUGGAACAAUUCCUCAUCCUCUGAGUAUGCACCGAACGAAGUGCUACAGGCGAAUGGACCGGGUAGUUCGUCGACGAUGCUCACAUCGACAACGAUCCUCGAUGUUCCUUCCAAUUGCUCCAAUCAGUCGAUGCUAUCCAAUGGUACGUCAAAUGAUUACAGUCGAAUUGCUUCGCCCUCAGAACUAAGCAGUACGCCCAGCUCUUUAGCGUACAACCCGCACAGUUCCCUCUCCUCAGAUGCUGAGCUGCUUUCGUCUGCCGUUGCCUCGUUACAAUCGUCUAGUGGUGGUGCAAAACCACCUGAAAUGGUACCGCUGCAAUCGAACGAACGUACGGGAGGUAACGAUGAACGCCUUCCUCCGGUAACGAUCGAUUCCAGUGCGGAGGAUAUCGUGAACCGGAUCGUCAACUAUCCUACCCGCGCCAGUCAAACGAUUGCUUCGCUGAUGAAAAGCCCAAAGGAUGCAGUAUUCAUAAUGUCAAAGAUAAUCAACUCGCAGUGUGAUGCGCUGAAGCUGAUAAGCCAUUUCAUAACCGCACCAGGAGAUGCGUUACAGAUCAUUAGCAAGAUCAUGAAUUCUCCGCUCGAUGCGCUGACGGUAUUUGCCCAGUUCAUGAGUUCACCAACGGAUGCGCUUCAGCUGAUCGGGAAGAUCGUAAGCUCGCCGGCCGAUGUGCUACAGUUUAUGCAGCAGCUUAUGAACCAGCCGGAAGAUGCGCUACAGGUAAUGAACAAAUUUAUGAGCUCACCGGCCGAAGCACUGCAGAUGAUCAACAAGAUGAUGAACCAUUCCGAUAUUGUGAAAACGAUCAAAGAAGCGGCCGAUACGUCCCAGAAAGAUGAAGACGAUCAGCAGCAGCAGCAGCAGCGACAACAGCAGCAACAAAUAUUACCAACAACGCAACAACCAACUCCGCAUCAAAUGCAUCAAUCGGAUCUAUCGUUGGGAUCACCGCACAUUGAUUCACCAGCAACCGAUCAGCAUCAGAUGAUUCGCUCCCUCAUGCAAGAACCAACGAUCGUUACGGAACCGGUGGGAACGAUCAGUGCUGCCGCUUCACCUUCAUCCACGUCCAACUACGAGCCACCCUACACAUCGAUGCUGGACCCGUUGCUUUCUAGCACCACCACCUCUCUAGUACAUUCCCAUAAUUAUCAUCACAGCCAUCAGCUGCAACUGAGCGCCGCUAUCCAGCCAGCGUCACCGAGCUGUUCGAGCGAUAUAGCAGAUGUUGUGUUUGCGGCAUCGUCAACGUUUGGCCACGAUCCACCAAUAAUCGUACCGCCUACGGAUGAUUUGGGCAUAUUUCAAGACAUCGAAGCGAAACCGGUAAUGCCACACACGCUCGAAUCGGUCCUGAUGCAAGCGAUAAAGCUCGAGUACGAAGGAUACAACAGUAGCCCGAUCGGUACGAGCACGAGCCAACAGUCAACCGUCCAUCAUCCGACGGUCGGUAGCAACAGCAUCGAGCUAAAUGAUGCUGAAAGAGCCAAGCUGAAUGAGCUGAUUGUGGCCAAUAAAGCACUGUACGCGCCCGUUGAUGAUGAUCUCGCGUCACUCAUCUCGGACGACUGCCGGAUAAAGAGCAAUCAAACGCAGCAAGAUCCACAGUUGCUGAAGGUGAUAAACUUAACCGCCAUUGCCAUACGACGCUUGAUAAAGAUGUCGAAAAAGAUCAGCGCCUUCAAGAACAUGUGCCAGGAGGAUCAGCUUGCCCUGCUAAAGGGAGGCUGCACGGAAAUGAUGAUCCUACGGUCCGCGAUGCAGUACGACUGUGAUAGAGCGACAUGGAAGAUACCUCACAGUCAGGAGGAAAUGUCCAACAUACGGGCAGAUGUGCUCAAGCUUGCCAAGGGUAAUGUGUAUCAGGAGCACGAACGGUUCAUACGAACGUUCGACAAGAAGUGGCGCUCGGACGAGAACAUAAUAUUGAUCAUGUGUGCCAUCACACUGUUUUCACCGGAUCGUCCAAAAACCAUACAUUCUGAUGUGAUCAAAUUGGAACAAAAUUCUUACUACUAUUUACUACGCCGUUACUUGGAAAGUAUCUACCCUGGUUGUGAGGCACGCUCGGUAUUUCUGAAGCUGAUGCAGAAGAUAUCGGAAUUACAUUUUUUGAACGACGAAAUAAUCAGCGUCUAUCUGAACGUUAAUCCAUCGGAAGUGGAACCACUGUUGCGUGAAAUAUUUGACCUGAAGGUGCACUAAGCAAUUUUUCUCACACUCCCUGUCUGUAGCUAUGUUUGUAGAACAAAUUUAUGUCUCUGUUUGUGCGGCAUUCGUCACGCUAUUAGCAAUAUAUUGGAUUGUGCAAUAUGUUUUAAAUUGUUGUUUUGUUUAAAAUCAUCCGCUAAAGUGUAAAAUGUAAACAGUCGCUAAGUUUUAUGAAGCAUUUAUUUUGCUUACAGUUGUGCAUUGUCUAAUUUGUUGUAUGGUGCUAGAGUAAGCUACCAGCGCUUGGAAGCCAAUUAAUUGUUAUUGAGACAGUUCGAUUGUAAAAAUCCUUAUAGUUAUAGGUUCUGAAUGGAACAGAGCACAGCACAUCAUUUACAAGUUAGUCAGGUUUAUGUUAUGCUGUGGAAAACACGAUUGUUUACAGCUUGCCAGAUAACUAGCCCCUAGGCUACACCGCCAUUUGGUGUCAAACAUAGCUUAGAGUUAAAUGUUCGCUAUACACACAACAGUGUAUAGUUCAACAGAACAGUUCAGCAUGAAGAAGCUUUAACUUAAGUUACUACAAUAGUGUGCUAUCUGUGGUAAGCACACAGGGCUUAUCGUCCAAAACACAGGGAUGUUAGAAACAGGUUAAACAAUGACGUUGGAAAUAUUGGCCUUAUAGAAAUGUGAUGAAUAAGCUUUAGCUAAAAAUGCAUUGUCCGAAGUUAGUCGGUUUUUUUCCUUUCACUAUCGCAUCGUUUGUGUAUUGAAAGCCCGUUUAACAAGCGGUUGGAGCGUAUUUUUUUUAAAUUAGAAGCAACAACCAUCACUUACGAAUGUAUCACAUUUCUAACGUAACCACAUACGCUUGAUUGAUUGAAAGAGAAACGACCCCCGUUACUGAAAGUAAAACCGCAAUCUACCACAAAUAGUUCAAAUUACAAUUAGCCAGAUGAUGAAGCAUAGCUUCGUAUUUUAUUUCCGUACGUAUUGCACAUUUGUAAUGUGAGACAGUAACCUGGAACAUGUUAGCUUUCGUGCUAUGUUUGUUUCGUCGUAUGUAUUGGUACACUGUGAAUGUAUUGUUAUUUUGCUUUUCGAACAAACGAAAUAUAGCGUGUAAAUAAAACA